AUGGUAUCAGAGUCGCUACGGCCAGGCUCGUACGCCGCCGCCGUCACCGGCGCGGCAACUCAGGAAGCAUAUGCAACAACGCCGGCAACUCAAUCGCCGGUACGCGCAGCGACGACUUCGCAGAGAAGUCCAAAUUUACAGAGGAGUUAUGCAGUGGAGGAUAUGGAGAAUCCAUACUUCAUUAGCGCGAGCGAUAAUCCAUCCGCAACCUUGGUCAGUCCACCCCUAGCAGGGAGCUCGAACUAUGCUUCAUGGUGCAUCUCGAUGAGGAUCGCUUUAGAAGUCAAAAAUAAGUGGUGCCUCAUCGACGGCAGUCUUCCGGCACCGAGUAGAGAGAAUAACCGCUAUGGAGCUUGGAGGCGCUGCAAUUUGAUGGUGUGCUCGUGGAUAUUUAGAUCGGUUCAUGCCUCGAUCGCUCAAUCCAUCAUGCAUAUAGAGAAUGCAGUAGACGUCUGGGAGGAUCUGAGAAAGCGUUUUGCACAGUGCGACGCCCAGAGGAUCUCCGCCUUACAGAUUGAGAUCUACGAAGCGAAGCAAGGUAACCUCUCUGUUGGUGAUUACUAUACCAAAUGUAGAACUUUGUGGGAACAAAUGAAUGCUUUAAGACCUAUUCCUAGUUGUAAAUGUGAACCGAAAGGUGCCUGUGACCUCAUUGAUGUAAUUAGAAAGGAAAGGGAGAUCGAUCAAGUCAUACGGUUUCUCCAAGGGUUAAAUGACGAUUAUAAUGGUCUGAAAUCUAGUGUCCUUGUUAUGGAUCCAUUGCCGGAAGUAUAUAAGGUUUUUGUUAUGGCAGAAAAAGUAGAAAGGCAAAUGAACAGGCAAAUGAAUAUGUCGAAUCUGACUGUGAAGUCUAUGGAGAUUAGUCAUGCCAACUCUGUCCAAAAUACCUGUGGCUCUGCAGAAGAAAUAGUUGCAGCUAUGAACAGCUACAAUGGCAGAAGGUUCACAAAUAGUGGAAGUAACAAACCAAAGUGCACCUUCUGUGGAAUAAUGGGACAUACUGUCGACAAGUGUUACAAGAAACACGGGUAUCCCCCCGGUUGGGUGCCCGGUUAUAAGUCAAAAAUGAAACAACAAGUUGCAGCACCGGUGAUGAACAACACGGCUGACCUGGGGAUCUCUAAUGACCAAUUCCAGAAGCUGGUUAUGGCAUUGCAGAAUCAGAUGGGACAAACUGCCAGCUCUAGUACUACGGCUGCUAUCUCUUUGAUUCCAAAAUUUGCUGAGGAUACUAAUGAAGGCAGGUACCUCACCUCUCAUGUUAAUUCUCUUUCAGUCUAUGCUUCUACUUGGAUUUUAGACUCUGGUGCUACAGACCAUAUAGCUUGUUCUAUUGAUUGUUUUGAUGAAUAUUAUGAUAUUGAAGGGGAUGAAAUUAGUUUACCAACUGGCAGUCGUAUUAUGGUUAGAAACAGAGGCAGUGUGAAACUUGGACAUAAUAUAUUGCUGAAAGAUGUCAUGCAUAUUCCUUCAUUCCAGUUUAAUAUUGUCUCCGUGAGUAAGUUGCUACAAGACACAUCUUAUAGCCUAAUAUUUUCUUCUGGACAGUGCAUGAUCCAGAAACCUCAUGGGAUGACGGUUGGUUUAGCUGAACAGGAAAAAGGACUCUAUUUGAUGAAGCUUCCAGUAGAAUCUGCUACGCACCAUAGACAUAUAGUCAUGCAAUGUAAUAAGAUUGAAAUUUGGCAUUGA